AUGAAAGUGCUCCGCAGGAAGGUGAUCAUCCUGUGCCUGGGGUAUAUCCUGCUACUGGUAUUUACCAUGCUCAACCUCCUGGAUAAAUGGCACAAAGAGCCUCAGCAAUGCAACGACCAGGUGAAGUACACUCCUUACCAAACACACUCCGACAUCCGCUAUCUCUACCUCCCCUCCCCUCCAAGGAAAAGGCAUCUGGUCUAUGUCUUUACCACUUGGAGAUCUGGAUCUUCUUUUUUUGGGGCGCUUUUCAACCAGAAUCCGGAGGUGUUUUUCCUGUAUGAGCCAGUGUGGCACGUGUGGCAAAAGUUAUAUCUGGGGGACGCCAUGUCUCUGCAGGGGGCUGCUCGUGACCUGCUUAGCACCCUCUACAGGUGUGACUUGUCUGCCCUACAGCUCUACAACACUGCGGGGGCUAAGAACAUCACCACGCUGGGCAUUUUCGGGGCAGCCACUAACAAGGUCGUCUGCUCCUUGCCCAUUUGCUCAGCCUAUAAGAAGGAUGUAGUGGGGCUAGUGGAUGACAAAGUGUGCAAGAAAUGCGCACCUCAGAGCCUAAGCCUGCUGGAGGAGGAGUGCCAUAAGUACAACACCAUAGUCAUUAAAGGAGUGAGGAUCUUUGACAUUAAUGUGCUUGCUCCAUUGGUAGUAGACCCUUCCUUGGAACUGAAGGUCAUUCAUUUAGUAAGGGACCCCAGGGCAGUGGCCAGCUCCUGCAUUAAGUCUAGACAUGGCUUGAUCAGGGAGAGCUUACAAGUUGUUCACAGCAGGGAUCCUAGGAUCCGCAGGGUGCCUGUUCUAGACCCUGGGCACAAGCUUAAUAAAAAGGAUGGUUCUGAUUACCAUGUAAUAGGAGCUAUGGAAGUGAUCUGUAGCAGCAUGGGAAAGACCCUGAGGACUGCCCUAAAUCCUCCGAGCUGGCUCAAGGGUAACUACAUGUUGGUCAGGUAUGAGGACCUUGUGGUGGAUCCCAUCAAAACGGUAUACGGAUUUGUGAAUCUCUCUGUGAGCCCAGAGAUAGAGAAAUUUUCUCUAAACAUGACCAGUUGUUCAGGUUACUCUUCCAAACCAUAUGUAGUGUCUGCCCGUAAUGCCACCCAAGCUGUUAGUGCAUGGAGGACACUGCUUACCUACAUGCAGAUCAGACAGGUAGAGGAAUAUUGUCAGGUUCCAAUGGACAUCCUGGGCUAUGACACAGUCAGCAGUCAAGAGGAAGUUAAAGACCUUAGCAAAUCACUACUUAGGAAGCCCGUGUUGUGA